UAUAUCUAACAGUAUAUAAGGAGAAGAUGGUUCGUCCUAUGGCCCUUAUUCCAACACAAGGAACCGCAGUGAGCACAGAGGCAAGACUUGGGGUGCAACUUCUUUACUCAACUUUCUAUGAUGGAAUUUCCCGUCAGCUUGUCUCUCGCAGUAGCCAUUCUGGUAUGUCUCCUACCCUGUUCCGUUGCCAAAAGACGGCUAGUACCAGGCAAGCUGCAAAGAGCAUUGGAUAACUCAGACCCGGACUGUGGUGGAGAGAGAAGUGGUGAUGUCGGUACUAUUUCAUCCCCGAACUACCCCCAACAUUACCCGGCUAGAAAGCUGUGCGUCUGGCGCAUCACUACAGACAUAGGCCGGACAAUCAAGAUCACUUUCAACAAGUUUCACUUGAAUGGAUGUAAGGACCAUGUAAGCGUCUAUGAGAUGAAAGGAAACAGCCCACUGCCUCUUGGAGAAGGCAAGCUUUGCAAUUCAAAACAGCCCUUCAACAUUGAGUCGAAAACAAAUGAAGUUUUCGUGGUCUUUAAGAGCAACAAGAGAGGGUCCGGCCCAGGAUUCAGCGCAACAUACUCAGCUAGUGGCUGUGGAGUGCCUGUCAUUGGUCGGAAUCCAUGGUCAAGAUUGGGACUGUCUGGGUCCGGUCGCAUUGUGGGCGGAAAUGACGCAAGACCCGGAAGUUGGCCCUGGCAGGUGUCAGUCCGCAGUUGGGUUUCCGGAAAAUACCACUUCUGUGGGGGGACGUUGAUGGACAGGCAGUGGGUGGUGACUGCUGCGCAUUGUGUGGACAGCGGACGUAAGCCGUACUUGACUUUUGGAGAGUUCGAUCGUUUCCGUUACGAGAGCACCGAACAGACGGUUUUCGCUGAGGAGAUCUUCAUACAUCCGGGGUACAAUGACAGCCUGCUAACGAACGACAUCGCCGUCAUCAAGCUGACGUCACCGGUGACGUAUACAGCUUACGUGUACCCCGUAUGUUUGCCGGAUGCGUCUACGGAAGCAGAAGUGGGGACUGUGUGCACAGUUACAGGAUGGGGUGCUCAAAAAGAAGGCAGCACAACUACAAGCCGCUUGCUACAGGCAAAUGUACCAAUCAUAAACAACACGGAGUGCUCGGAAAAGUACGCCCGGCUGACCGAACAGGGGGAGGGUGUCCACUCGAUCCACCCGCAGUCCAUGGUGUGUGCAGGGUAUCCGGAGGGAGGAGUAGACGCCUGUCAGGGAGACAGCGGUGGUCCUCUCGUCUGCAAGUCUUCCACGGGCGCUCAUUGGUUACAGGGUGUGGUGAGCUGGGGGCACGGCUGCGCACGCGCAGACGCUCCCGGGGUGUACGCUAGGGUUCCCUCAUUGGCCGACUGGAUACGAGAAACCAUGGAAACCAACUCAUGAUGAUCAUGACAACACGUUGUUAUGUAGAGUUGCCCCAUCAGCUGACUGUAUACGAGAAACCAUGGAAACCAACUCAUGGUGACUAUAACAACACGUUGUUACGUAGAGUUUCCCCAUCAGCUGACUGUAUACGAGAAACCAUGGAAACCAACACAUGGUGACUAUAACAACACGUUGUUAUGUAGAGUUGCCCCAUCAGCUGACUGUAUACGAGAAACCAUGGAAACCAACUCAUGGUGACUAUAACAACACGUUGUUAUGUAGAGUUGCCCCAUCAGCUGACUGUAUACGAGAAACCAUGGAAACCAACUCAUGGUGACUAUAGCAACACGUUGUUAUGUAGAGUUGCCCCAUUAGUUGACUAUAUACAAGAAAUCAUGGAAACAAACUCAUGAAGACUAGAAUAACACGUUUGUUCUGUAAAGUUACCACAUUAGUUGACUGUAUACGAGAAACCAUGGAAACCAACUCAUGGUGACUAUAACAACACGUUGUUAUGUAGAGUUGCCCCAUCAGCUGACUGUAUACGAGAAACCAUGGAAACCAACUCAUGGUGACUAUAAGAACACGUUGUUAUGUAGAGUUGCCCCAUCAGCUGACUGUAUACGAGAAACCAUGGAAACCAACUCAUGAUGACUAGAACAACACGUUGUUAUGUAGAGUUGCCCCAUCAGCUGACUGUAUACGAGAAACCAUGGAAACCAACUCAUGGUGACUAUAAGAACACGUUGUUAUGUAGAGUUGCCCCAUCAGCUGACUGUAUACGAGAAACCAUGGAAACCAACUCAUGAUGACUAGAACAACACGUUGUUAUGUAGAGUUGCCACAUUAGUUGACUGUAUACGAGAAACCAUGGAAACAAACUCAUGAUGACUAGAACAACACGUUGUUCUGUAGAGUUGCCCCAAUAGUCGGCUGUAUACGAGAAACCAUGGAAACUAAUUUAAGAUGACUAUAGCAACACGUUAUGGUCAUUCAGUUGCUUCAA